AUGUCUCUUUGGGCCCGUAUAAAUCAGCUUCCCAGCCGUAUUCUCGAGGAAGUUCGUUCCAUGUACACGGAUGACUUUCCAAUCGAAGUACGCCAUUACUUGGCGGAUUGGAUCGAAGAACAUCUGCUGAUUCGUCCUGUGCCCAUCGAUCAGCCAGGUGUAUGCGAAGAUUUCGUCACUAAGCUGAUCAACGAGGUGGAAAAAACGGCAUUCGAUCUGCCGGGCAACAUCACAGCGAAAACCAGAUUGAAUGAGGCAGCCUUCAACUUUCGUGUGCUGCGUUCGGUGAAUCCAUCCAAGCUGUUCUUCAAUAUAAUCUGCUGCCUAGAGCGUGAACAAGAAUAUGCCGCCUUGCCGGCCGGAUGUCGCCUGUGCGUCGGAAAUCCUGAGCUCCACAAAGUGUGCGCUGCGAUCAAAGAGCUGGAGGACAUGGCACGCCAAAUCGAGAAUGACAACAGUAACUUCAUGAAAAAACUUGGCUUACUACCAUCGGACAAACAUGCUUUGCAGUUUGCUCAUACGAAUCCGCAGGAGCUCGCUAUUCCGGCAAUACAUGGUUAUUUCAACGUAGUUGAAAUCCAACAUGUAACCAACGAGCCAACGCAAUCCUGUACGCGCAUGGAAUUGGCUCUAGUGGAUGGCUUCCGCAAUAUGAUCAAAUCCACGGGAGAUGUGCAAGCCAAAGUGUUGAAUGAGUACCUCGUUCAAUGGAAAACUAAUAAGCUCUUGCACCCAAAUGCAUGUCCCAACACAGAGUGCGAUCUCCGCGUCAUACAAGCUAUGUACAGGAUGUUCCGUGACUCCACUGGUCGUUCGCUAAACCCGGAAAACUUGCACUCUCUCUGCGAGAAAGCAUUCAACACCAGCUUCCCCUUUCCGGCACCGAACGAUCUCACUAUCACGAGGACACAAUUCUGUAAGGACAAACUUCCGGAUCGUACUUUCACGUUCUGGGAAUGGUUUUAUGCAGCCAUGAAGCUAACGCGCAGACAUUUCAACCGCCCGUGGAACGAUGGUAACAUCAUUCGGUUCAUCUCCAAAGCACAAGCUGAGAGCCACCUAGUGAACCAUUAUCCUGGCACGUUCCUGUUGCGAUUUACCGAUUGUGAGCUCGGCAGUAUUAGUAUCGCGUGGGUCCAUAAGCUCUACGAAGACCGGUCGGAGAUUCUACACCUUCAACCAUUAACCGCAAAAGAUUUGGAUAUUCGUUCAUUGUCCGAUCGUAUCGGUGACAUCGAUAAUUUCUCCUAUCUGUUUCCGAAUAAUACACCUAAACACGAAGUCUUCGACAGUUCUAAAGUUCCGGACCAGACUCCAAGGAACAAGAGCUACGUCGCGUCAAGGAUCCGCGCAGUGCUUGACCUUGAGCAACAAUCGGAUGAGGAGCAUUCCGAACACACCGACGCAGGACAGUAA